AUUUUAGUAAAGAUAAAAGAAUUCGGAAAAUUACUAUUUAAUUAAAAUAUUAAGUUUUUCUUCUUUCGAACUAAAACUAAAGCUACGUUCACACCUAUCAAAUGUUUGACAAAAAUGACGUGACCCUUAAAAAAUCAACAUUUUGAUUUCCUUAAAAUAUAUAUUUAUUUGUACAAACAUAAUAUAUCUUUGACGACAACAGUUCAAAACGUCUUCAUUAUUUGUUUCGACAAUAUUUGCAAUUAUAAAAAUCAUGCAGAAUCAAAAAUAAAUUUAACAAAAUUAGUUGUUACGUCUUUUUCAUCAAAUGUUUGAUAGGUCUGAACGUACAUAGCUUAAGAUAAUCACCGACUAAACCAAUUGUUAAUUAUUUGGGAAAUCGAUUCAGAAUCAGAUCAAAUACUAAUUUGGUUCCUUACUAUAUUCCACUUUGGGCUUAAACAAUUUCAAUAUUUUCUUUCGUCAACUAGUUAGUUAAAACCUACUUUGCGAAUAGCAACUAGUUCGCAUCAGUUUCUAACCCCAUAAAAACUAGUUCUAUUCUAAAAUGUCAUUACAAUUAAGGUCAAAAAUAGAAUAUUUCUUAAGAUUUUGUAAUUUUUUACACAGCACCCUUCCUAUGAUUGCUAGUAACUACAAUCGUUUCCCCAAAAAGAAACACGCUAAUUUACAAACAUAGAAAUUUAGAAACGAAAGACGAAAAAAAACUGUAACACAAGAUAGAAAAUUAUUGUAAAAACAAAAACACUAACAAUAUCUGGCACAUAAAGAGCUUAAUUUGGUAACGCUGCUUUUGGUGGCGUUCACUAUUAAUCAGUCAUUUAGCUAGAGUGUUUAGCAGAUAGAAAGAGAGCGCAGCAUUGGCAGCAUAAAACGUAGCAGCGCUAAUGCGAGCCCACUCCAAACCUGUUGACCUAAUUUCACUAUGUCCGUUCCUAAAAAAACUAAUGCGAUGACGGUAAUGUUCGUUCUCUUUUGUUUGCGGGUUGACGGUAAAAAUGUUUAGACGUCGUUGUUGUCGUCGUCGAUACGAGGUGUGUUUAAUAAAAAGUGGUAAAAGAGAGCAUAAGAAACAACAACAACAACAAAUAGCAAAAAAAGAAACAAACCUACCACACUUUAUUAUAUUUAGCAAACAUACAACAACAAUAAUACAUUUACAACAACAACAAAAAAACAUACAAAAAGAUAAUCAAGCAAACUGGCAAGCAAACAGCUGCCGUCAUGGCCAUCGGCAUUCCAGAGUCGGUUACACUUCCAAACGUCAAACAACUGAAGCUCGCAAAGCUUCAGUAAGCAUUUUUUCGUGGAUCUAAAAUAAUAAUAAAACCGAAAAUAUUUAGUGCAAAAUGACCGACACAAUGAGUUCUGCCGGUCAGAUGGAUAUCUCGUUAAAAGAUAAUGGACUCAUUGUAGACAUGUCGACAACAGCCUCUUUACUGCAUCACAAUACAUUGUCAGCACACGCUCAUGCUUUGCGCAGUCUCAAGGAACAUCAUCAACAGCAGCAGCAGCAACAACAACAGCAACUACAUCAUCAUCACAGUUCGGAAGAACAAUCCUCUUCGUCGUCCGAUAAUGGGACCGACAAUAAGCCACAAUUGCAAAAUACACCCAUCACAGCCAAUGUUAGUAUAUCGCCCACAAAUCUAUCAACGAAUACCGCCAGUUCACCAUCGCUCACUACAUUCCGCUGCGAAAGCUGUGACAAUUUCGAAACGAGUUCAAGAGCCUCCCUGCUACUGCAUGUUGUACAGUGUUUAUCGAAUUCGGCCGCAGCAGCUCGUCUUAAAAACGAAGAUGUUGAACCGGAAAAUUUACAGAAUCCAGCCAGUGCGGCAACGCCAACAAAGGCAUUAAAUGUGACCGAUAACAGUCACCCCAGUGUGGUAACAGCCAAUAGUGCGGUGGUUAGUGCCAUUGCCAAUGGUAGUGCCAGUAGUCCGGCCGCCAAUUCGUCGACUUCAUCACAGCCAGCCUCUCGUAAAGUAUUCGAAUGUGAUGUCUGCAAUAUGAAAUUUUCCAAUGGUGCAAAUAUGCGGCGCCAUAAAAUGAGACACACAGGUGUCAAGCCUUAUGAAUGCCGGGUGUGCCAAAAGAGAUUCUUCCGUAAAGAUCAUUUGGCUGAACAUUUUACUACACACACGAAAACGCUGCCGUAUCAUUGUCCCAUUUGUAAUCGUGGUUUCCAGCGCCAAAUAGCAAUGAGAGCUCAUUUCCAAAAUGAACAUGUAGGUCAACAUGAUCUCGUCAAAACUUGCCCUCUAUGCAGUUAUCGAGCGGGUUCUAUGAAAUCCCUUAGAAUACAUUUUUUCAACAGACAUGGCAUUGAUUUGGAUAAUCCGGGACCGGGCGGUUCAUCGUCGCUGUUGCUCGCUCUGGAGUCACAGGCAUCACAAGUAGCUGCCGCCGCUGCUGCUGCCGGUUUUGUACCGACCGGCUUAAAUGCCGUAGCAGCAGCGGCUGCAGCUGCUGCUAAUGCAGUCAAUUCCAAUGCGGCCAUUGUGUCGGCCGCCGCCAACAGUAUGCCCAGCCACCAGAGCGACAGCGGCGAGUCGCUACGUUCCGUGGAGAAUGCUACACCACCCAUGCACUUUUUAACACCACAUGUGGAGAUCUCAACCUUGCCCGACAAUGGCCUCUCGGAUAACGCCAUAUUCAAUGUAAAGCAAACUUCCAAUAUUAAUGAUUCUCUUAAGUCUGUAGUAAAUUCAUUGACUUCCUCUACUUCAUUCUAUUCUCGUUCGUCCGUUGAGAAUGUGCUCUUAUGCGUUUUGCGUGCAUUUGAUUUGCAGGGUCACACCACAACAACAACAACAGCAUCAUCGGCCUCACCAACAUCGGCAUCCACUACCAUUCACACGGCCGGAAGUACCACAACUGAGGGAGGCGGCGGUGGAGGAGGACCGAAGGAUCGUGAUACUAUAAUGCAGUCACCGGUACCGUUGACCAUUAGCAGUAUGCCACCACAGGAACAUCCCUUAGAUUGUAAUGCCAAAUCGUUGCCUUCAAGUACCAGUAGCAGUAGCAACAGCAGUGCGAGUGGACCUCUCUGUGGACCGAUGACAUCGGUAUCGCCAAAACAGCAUCAUCAUGAGAAUCAUAUAACACCCUCCAUUAGUCUAAUACCCAUUAAACAGGAGCCCCCUAGCGAAGAUUCAAUUAAAAAUAAUAUUAAUGGAGACGCCAUGAAUGGCGGGGACAGUAGUGAAUCAGAAUUUUCAGCACCCAAUAUGAGAUUGACAUCAUUGAUUAAGAUGCCACUUAUUUCUUAUGAACCCUUACAGGUAUCACCUCUAAAAUCUCUACUCAGAGAAGAUCUUAAACGGCGCAUUUGCGCCAAAGCUAAUAAUCGUAUUACCCGUAAUGCUGCCUCUAUGGAAAAUAAUAAUGUGAUACAAAGCAGUUUAACGCCCACAUGUGGAGCGGCCACUUCGUCUACGCCCAUCUGCAAUGGUACGAUUACCUCGACGGGACCCGAAAGUGAUUCGGGUGUAUUAAAUCGCAAACAAAUACUAACAUGUCUAUUCUGUGGCAUUGAGUUUCCCGAUGAAACACUGUAUUUCCUGCACAAGGGCUGUCAUUGUGAGAGUAAUCCCUGGAAGUGUAAUAUAUGCGGUGAACAGCUGAACAAUGUCUACGAAUUCAAUGCUCAUUUAUUGAGUAAGAGUCAUCAAUAGCAACCAAUGUCCAAGGAUGUUCAGGCAACAUCUACGACAGCAAGUGAGGCAAAAUGUUCUUUGUAAGUGUAUAAUCUCUUUAAGAAAGGGAGAGAGCAAUUUUUUUAGUCAGUGUUUUAGACAGAGAGACAGAGACAGUGUUAUUGCAAUUAAAAAAAAAGAGCCAGAAGAGAGGCAUUUCUUUUUAUGAAGAUUUUAAAUUUUUAUUUUAAUUUUUUUUUAUUUUAACAAACUAAAA